CUUGUAGGGUUUUUGUCAAAACUUCAUAUUUCGAUCGAUCACCUUAGCCUCUCUCACGACGUGUCGAUACUAACCCAGAUAUCCAGCGCCACCCCCCAUAUCAGUCAAGAUGUCGUCCGGAAAGGUCAAGGCCAGCCAGCUCUGGAACAAGAACAAGGAUGAGUUGACCAAGCAACUCGGAGAGCUCAAGACUGAGCUCGGUCAGCUCCGUAUCCAGAAGAUCACCUCUUCUGGCAGCAAGCUGAACAAGAUCCACGACAUCCGCAAGUCGAUCGCCCGCGUCCUGACCGUUAUCAACGCCAAGCAACGCGCCCAGCUUCGCCUGUUCUACAAGAACAAGAAGUACGCCCCCCUUGACCUCCGCGCGAAGCAAACCCGUGCCAUCCGCCGGAGAUUGUCCGAGAAGGAGGCCAGCAUCGUCACCGAGAAGGCCAAGAAGCGCACCGUUCACUUCCCUCAGCGCAAGUUCGCCGUGAAGGCCGCGUAAAUUAGCCGACCGCUCCUGGGUUAGGUUUGGGGAUAACGAAAAAGGUCAUGGAGGCGUAACACGUUUUUGGCACACGGGGAUCCCGAAUUACUCGAUGCAUUGCAUGGUCACGGAGGGAAAUUAAAAGGGUUUAUAUGCGCUUUGUCAAUUCCCCCCCAAGUGCUGCAAAAAACACAAAUGGAUUUCUCUCAAGACGGGUCAAACACAUUGGCAAAGCGAAAAAGUAUGGAUGGGGCUUGCAGAAAUCCUAUUCUUUCUGUCUCUCCCACCCAUACAGCCCCCUUUUUUCAUGUUGUGGUGGGAGGGAGAGAUUUCCCCGAGUGUGUGUUGGUAGUAUAGAGCUGCCAAAAAUGUCAAAUGGGGCCUAAAGAUGCCCCGACUUCAAAAA